AUGCAAAGCCACAGCACGCCGCCAACUCACAUUCGUGGUUCAAUCGCUACUGAGGCCGGUUCGAAGAUGACUUCACGCCUCACACCGACAAUUCUCGGCGGCCUGACGUUCCUGUUGUUGCUGUGUUUCGACGGCUUGUUGAUUGAUAAUAACUGCGUCGCGGCGCCGAGUUUGAUCGCAAAUGUGUCGAACGAAACUGGGGAAGUUUUUCUGUCGUCGCCAAAUUUGAAACUCGAACACGAACCGGAGUUGCUGGACACCGUCAUUCCGUUCGGCGUUCAGUCGUCUCCAAAGUACAAAAGAAGUCUCGCCUAUCAUGAAGUCAGAUAUGGACUACCUCGGAUCCUAACUCGACUCAUCGAUUCCCUCGUCAAUGAUAGGGAAGAAAUUGUUCAGAAUUACGGUCAGUCCGCUGGGAAAGAUUUGGAUCAAGCGUUGAGCUCCAUUCGCAAUUUGAAGAAUGAGAUACUAACAAACGCAGAGUUGAAACCUCUGCGUUUUUCACCUAAUGAAAAUGACACCUGGUCUAACGAGGUCAGGGUGUGGAACAAUUAUCUAGUAGAACGUACUAAAAUAGAGGGAGUUAUUCCAAGGUUUUACAGCACUAUUUACGUUUACUUGAAAUGCUACGUGUUUCGAAGGAUCGCUGAGGCGUUUCAUUUCACGGAAAGGUUGAAAUUUUACGAUCCGUUCGCUAAACAAAAAAGACGGGCUUUCGAGGAUUCAACAGCAAGCGCCAUUGCAGUGGCUGCUCAUACUCUGCAAGAAAUCGACAGAAUACCGGAAGUAUCAUCGGCGAAUGAGAAACAACAAUUUAUUAAGCACCUGAAACUGGGCUUAUGGGGCAACAGGGUCGAUCAAGCCAUGUCAUUCAGCCAUGGUGCUGCGGUAGGUCAAACUGGAAAUCCGCUCGAACUACUAAGUGGCCUGGAUAAAAACAUUCUCAUAGACGGCACCGAUUUGGCCUGGAAUGCCUUGGUUAAUUGCAGAGCGAAGAAGCCCAACGGCACGAUAACGGUCGAUAUAGUGCUGGACAAUGCAGGCUACGAAUUAUUCACCGAUCUCAGUCUCUCCGCCUUUUUGAUCGCUCGCAAUCUUGCAGAUAGGAUACGAUUCUACGUGAAACGUAUUCCCUGGUUCGUCAGUGACGUUACCACGCGAGAUUUUCAAUGGAUCAUCCAACACAUGAAGAAUUCUUCCAAUCCUGACUUAUCGCGGUUUGGAGAGCUGCUGAAGGGUCACGUAGAGACCGGUGUAUUUUCUAUUUUGGAUGAGCCUUUCUGGACCAGCCCGUUUGUUUUCUCAGAAAUGCCCCAAAAGGAUCCCGCCUUGUACGCUAAACUUUCAGAAGCAAGUCUGGUCAUAUUCAAGGGCGACUUGAAUUACAUGAAAUUAUUCGGAGAUAUUAACUGGGAACACACCACGAGCAUUCUUCAAGCAAUCCGAGGAUUUUUGCCAACGAAUUUCGUCAGUCUAAGGACACUCAAGUCGGACGUUUGUGUGGGGUUGAAGCCCAACCAAGCUGAGUCUAUCGCAAGAGUAGAUCCGAAAUGGCUUGGAACAGCAAAAUACGGUGUCAUAACAGCGGCUGCAAAUAAUCAGACUUGCAGCAGAGCAGGAUAAUCUGCCGUCACUCAAAGUAGACAAAAAAAAACUCAGAAUUUUCAUUUUUGUCCGAAUAAAAGAGAAAUUUAUUCGAUGUAGUAUAAUAGAAUUCUGUACUAACGCAUCCACAGUAAUCAAUACGUAU